CAACGAGUUCAAAGCAUGGGCGAUUUCCCUCCGGCCUCAGUGUUCCCGCCCCGAACCAGCAACAAGUAUAACAGCGUACCACAAAACAUGCCGAACAUGCAGAAGCAACAUGCAGCUGGGACCCCUUGAGUCGUGCCACCCGCAUCAAGCGCACACAAAUCAAAGCCCUCCGAUAGCAAGGCUCUGCGAACCUUUGCGUGGUUUUCAGCUCAUCAUAGCCGAAUUCGACAACACCAAAUGCAGUGUUCCCAAUAUGCGUUUCAUUGACGUUUUUCUUGGACCAAUUGAAUCGCGUUUCAGCCCAUUUCAUGACUCCCAAGCUGUCAAUGGAACGCCACGAACGCCUGCUGCUCAUUCCAUGAGGACAGGGUCCUGUCCAUAACGGCUCAGCGCAUGAUUAGAACAUAUAUUCGGCAUCCGCGGUCAUGGUAGUCGCACGAAAGCUGAUUUCUUCGCAGCGUUGUUGGUGUUCAGCUAAACCGCCUGUCCAGCGAUGACGACCACAGGCGAGGGGCCCAUGCGAAACGCGAAUCCCUUGGAACCAGGCAGCGUUGACGACUCCAGGCCACUGCCAGCUAACCAAUCCAUACCGGCAAGGAUUCGCGAGCGCCUCAAUCUGCAGAAAACACCAAAGACUCCUGAUAACCCCCAGGAUCCAGGUGCACCCACUCAGGGAGAGGCAAACCAAACCAAUCCCAGCGCCAUCAACAAGACACAGGAGUUCGGGAAUGCUGUGACCAGUAUUCUUAGGCCGUUCUCGGAACUUCAUGUCUCCUACCCGACAGGCAACCAUUAUAUGCCGUGCGUUGACAUCAUUGCAAUCCACGACAUUGGCGAAGCACUGGAAACGGCCUGGGUUCAUCGUAAGAAGCUUAAGCGACGCCAGAAUGACCCCCGGCGCUCGGUGAACACGACAUCAAUUCUCAAGACAAGCCUUGAUGAAGCCCGCAAACUGGGUAGCGAUGGUAGCCCUGCGCCUGGUCAACGGCGAGGGAGAUAUGAAAUGGUCCAGUCAACUGUCUUAUCAUGGCUCCCAACGGUUCCGGAGACAGACAUUGGAGGUACUGAUGAUGUUGAAGCUGAGACCAGGUUGGAAAGUCAACAGAUGUCCAAACGCCCAAUCUCGCCGCGAGACCAAGAUGAGCAGCCACAAGAUGCGCCGGUGAGCAAGCCAGAUGCUUCGAACCAAGGGCCGGUAAACGUCACUGAUGCUGCUGCCCCAAACAAACCGUCGACAGAUAGGCCAUCUUCCGAUCGUGGGACAGAAAGACGUGUCAACUGGCUAACCGACCCCCACAUGCUGCCAGCGGAGAUUCAGCGUGCCCGAGUUCUGUGCUACACGUACUCUGACAUAGAGACCGCCUCCAAUGGACCAUUCAAAUAUCUCGACGAAAAAGCGGCGGACCUGCUCGAACGUCUCGCACAACUGCGACCUCCGGGUGAAACUGGGUUCGCAGAGGUGCCUAUCGUCUUCAUAGGCCUUGGGUUUGGCGCGCUUAUUGCUCAGCGGGCUGUCGUCAAACUUCGACUGGCGGAGACGGAUGACGCCAAAUCAAGUAUACAUCUCGGCUUAGUUGCUGGCGUGCUUCUGAUAGAUGCGCCUUCUCCUAGCAAAUCCUCAGAUCUCGAGCUGUACCCGCGCAGUCGUAGCCAAUUAUCAAACAGAACCUGGACAGACGACUGGUUUGGAAGCAGUGAUAACGGCGAUUUGGGCUUGAUCAAGGCCUCAGACAGCAGAAAGAUCGACGGUUCUUAUCUGUGGAAUACAUUCUCAAGCACCGCCUCGGCAAAUCAGAUUUGCCUAGCAUGGCACUACCUCCCAGUGAAAGAUGGUGACAGGACAAUCGUCCCCAAACACCCGUCAGUGAUGUUGCUUGAGAGAAGAUCCAGAACAUCCCACCGGCUUAGCAGAUUCGACGGGAAUGAGGAUGAGGACUUCAAGUCUCUGGUCGAGAUUAUUAAGCGAUCUAUCCUCGUCAAGCACUGCACCGCACAAUCCACAGUAUUGCGAGCGCGUCUUCCAGAUCUUUCCAAGGAACGAUUUCCGGUCAAUCUCAAAGACCAAAAAGGGUUGACCCCGCUACACCUCGCGGUGGAAGCAGGCAAUUCAAGCGCUGUCAGGAAUCUUGUCUACAAAGGCAAGGCGUCGCUUACGGAAAAGGACAACAACGGGAGAUCCCCUCUGACAACGGCCAUUCGCCAGGCAGUCCAGGAAAAAGACGCCAAGAAGGCCGUCUUCACGCAGAUAAUCAAGCUACUUGUGAAGGCUAACACGGGCUUGCAAGUGGAUGACAAGGAUAUUCUCGGCAAUUCCCCCUGGCACUACGCAACUGGACUUGAGAAUGCAUGGAUCAAGCGGUUGAGGAAAAACUUGAUCGUAGGGAACUCGUUAACGAUGAAUCACGUGUUGGAGAGAGUCACCAAUCCCGAGCCUGGCUCGACACAGGCCUCGGCAUGCGAUGUCUUUGACAUGUUCCUGUUGGAGAUAUUCAUGCAAACGAAGCGCCGUGGGUCAAAGUGGUCUGAAAAGUUCAAUUGGGACUUUGCAACUGUGACGGACGUAAUCUACAGCGGGGAUCUCGGGGUAACCCGUACGCUGGACAUGUCGCGGCCAGACAGCCUGGCAAAAGAGAAGGCAUUGUGUCGCUGGGUGCAUUUACCUGCCAACAAUGAGCAAUGGGUCCAUGACCUAUUGAUCAGUUCAGGUAUCCAGGACGGUUCCAUGGGUGGUCAGCGCCAUCAAGGUUCUCCUGUGAUCGAUCGUUACAUGAUGCCGCAAGCCAAGAGAUAUAAACAUUCCCAUGGACUCCUUGAAAAGACGCAGUCCACUGAAAGGCCGAACGCAGUCCGACGAGGAAGCUCUUCAGAAAGUGGAAUUACGCUUACCUUGGGUCCUGGAGAUGUUGCCGCUGUUGACAAAUUGGGGUCUAGCCAAUCUAGUGUGUCCGAGUCAAAGGAGUCUGAUGCCAUCGUGAUUUUUCUACCCAUUUUCGGCUUCGAAUGUCACCGGCACCGCAAGUAUCUCAGCGACGCCAUCUCGAAUGCUUCCGGUGAAUUGAAAACCUCACAGCAAGAUAAAGUAAUUUCAGAGGCUGCAGCAUCCAAGUCGUCACCUUCAAGGCAUGCUAAGAGAAGAAGCGAAGUCUCUUCUUCAUAUUAUUCCACGCCCAGUAGCCCAUUCAAGGAUGCUGCCAAACUGCUUCGGAAUGCCAUGCCUGCUAGCAAUCAAUCGCUUCUGUUAGACGGCUACUUACGCUCGCCCAAGCCAGUGCAUUGUCGCCGCACGCUGGAUCAGUUUUCUUAUUACAUGCUAAGCUCGACUGAGACAAGAGACAAGAAUCAGGUUGCUUAUAAAUGGGCCAAGGAGACAAAGGCAUGCGACAAGGCCAAGGACAGACCCAUCAUCAUGGUUGAUCAGCUGUGGGUGUGGAUUCUCCAUAACGGGACCGUUAUCACGAGCUUUCCAACCACAUGGAAUGGAGACGAGUCUUACGAUCUCAUGAAGGCCCUAAUGGCCGAGCUUGGAGGCAACAAAGAAAGACCACUCAUCCGCUCGGCCGAACACCUGCUUCACCUGAUUCUCAGAACAAGCCUUGACUUUUGCAAGCGGAAGGGGCCUGCGGGGUUUCGUUUUGAGGAUUGCUUCAGAGGUUCCAUCAACAGUGUGUCUGAGAAGCAGAACCUCCUUUUUGACGAGUUUCGUCGAAUUACCACUCGAUUAGAGAAGGGAAACCUCAGUCCGAAAAAGAAGAAGAAAGAGAUCGAGUCCCUCUUACGCCUUGACGAGGAGACAAAGCUUCUCAUUGAGAUUAUGGACAUCCAGGAUGAGCUAACCAUUAUCAAGACUAUUUUAUCCCAACAGGAGACGGUGCUUCAGAGUCUUUUGCUACUCUACCCUAAGAAAGGGAGAGAUGACGAAAGCGACGAGGAAGAUGACGCCGAUAAGCCGCUGCGGAACCGGGAAAUUGAAGGUUUAGUAAGGGACUUGCUUCGAGCCUUUGGGCAGGGGCCGGUAGUAAACGAUACCUCGAAGGUUGGGUCAGAUGUGCCACCUAGGCAUGUUCACUUCCAAGAGGUCCUGUGCCAUCAACAGGCCACUGGAACUCUCCCAACCGACAGUUCAAUACAAGGUGGUGAAUGUUCCAACGGUGGAGAACUCGCUCGAAGUUCAAGCCAAGGAGAGUUAAAGGGGAAGGGGAAGGAAGGACAAUCUGAACAACAGGCGGCAGGACCCCCACCACAAUUGACAAAAAGCCCAGAGGCGAAAAGGCGAGAUCAGGAGGAACGGGGACCGACGGCCUCGUCCGACCGGGUAAACAAGCCAGAAACGAAGAAGCAGAAAGCUCUCCUCACCCACCCUGACCUGAUGUAUGGGACCCUCGGCAUCGUUCAAGGUCACAUCCGAGUCGUCACAAACAUGUUGGAAGUGGCCGAAAAAGUCCAAUCCUUGCUGGAAAGUCUUCUUGACUUGAAACAAAAACAUGCGAACGGCUGGGAGGCGCGAUUUUCACGUGAAGGGUCGGAAGAAACGCAGAGACAGGGAAAUACAAUUCUCUUCUUCACAAUUGUGACAGCCAUCUUUCUGCCGCUAUCUUUUAUGGCCAGUUUCUUUGCUUUGGAUGUCGACAUUUUCCCCAAAGAUGAGGCCUCAGAAGAAACCUCGUGGCCGCUCGGUCAAGUUUGCGGUUAUCUGUUUGGCAUCUCUGCUUCCAUCUUCACACCACUAGUCAUCAUAGCGGUUUACGUGAACGACCUGUCUGACGCUGUUCGGAAGGCAUAUUGUCGCCUUGUAAAAAAGAAGGACGCACAAGGCGGUGGUAGCAAGGCUCCUGGUGUCGACGGUCAACCUGGGGCUAUACUACGUACCGGCGAUUACGACUCAGACAAGGAAACAACAGUUGUUGAUCAGCAAUUGCCACCGCCAAAGUCGCGAGGAAAGACUGCCUCUUUGAACAAACCUGUCCAACAUGGGGGGUGGUUAAAUUGGUUUGGACCGCUUAGGCACUCUGCCGGCAGCAACGAUCCUGGUUACGCCAAACUAUUUGGCACAUUCACUUUUCACACCCAUAUCCCAGGGCUCCGUCGCCUGUGGAAGUGGCAACGGUAUCUCCAACGGAGCAGACGGAGUCCUUGCAGUGGUAGCCGUUGGAAUGACAGAUACGUCACUGACUAUCCGCUCCACCACUUUCUGAGUGGGAUCCGCCGCUUUCUAUCUCGUAUUGGCAACACACUCUUCAUGUGUAUUGCACUACCAAUGUUGGUGGCCAUUGGGUUCUGCCUCAUGGGCAGAAAGAAAGCAAGCAGAUCAGCACGCCGCCCACGACGACCAAGGAGCGACGUCAGCAGCUCGUACUGGUCCAUGUCUGAGGAGGAAAGCGAUACAGACUCGUCUUUUGAACAUCCACGAAGGGGCCGUUUCCGGUCCGAACCUCGCUCUCGCUCGGCAGGUCGCAGAAGCCACCGAGGGUCAGACUCGGACCGCCACUAUCCGGGUUGGCUUGAUGUUGAUUCAGCUGGGGGCAGCGAGCGAGAGGAUGGAGAAGAGUGGUCGAUUGAGGCGCGGUCUCGGAGGACGAGGUCUUUGAGAAGGAGAUCGACUAUAUCCUUAGCUCUUUCUGGCGGUGGGAGAGUAAGUGGAAUAGAGCCAGACGCACCGUCGACUAAGCAGAAGGGGAAACAUCACGGGAGGUUGCGGAGGAUUUUGGCUAGGUGGGGGAAGGCUAAAAGUGCAGAUACGGAGAUGGGAGAGCGGGCAGUUCGCUAGACUUGUGGGAGUGGUUUUGUAUUCUGAUCUCAGGGACAAAGGAUGUGGCAUGAGGAAUGCGGACCGUCUUGGACCUGCUUUGGUGGCACGGUAUGUCCGGCACCAGAACAGACCGUCGCCAUUCACAACCCCUUUACUGGAUUCACCGCCCGCUCAUACAGUUGCUCAGAACACACUACUUACACAACUACUGGAUCCAUCACUUACCUGAGCAGGGAGCAGGGAGCAAAUAGAACACGCGAGUGCCCCUCCAAACCUCUACGAGCACUUAAGUUUUUCGGGAAAACUGAUUCGUGAGCAAGAGAGGUUUAUCAAGGGUCUUGGUUAGGUUUAUAUUCCGAGCUUCACACGAAUAAUUAAGGUUUUUUUUUUCUCAAAAUAGUCUCAGGUUGAAGGUUCCGCAGAAGUAUUACAAUCACGAGCUCAGUCAAUAUGCCCAGGAUUCCUUUCUUGAUC